AUGGAAUUUCUUUGGCAAACAAGAUCAACCGGGUCUUUCAAUAUCGGAUCAUUGUUCAGUGGACUCAACGAAAAUGGAUACAAUCCUCCACCUGGAUUUUGUUUUGAUUGGGUCUGCGAGGGCGACCAACCGAUCAUGGACGACAAGCGCCUCCAUGAUUACAAUGUUGACGACGUCAUCAAAAGAUUCAAAAUUGAAGCCGAGAAGCAGCGUGCACAUUUCAAAGGAAAUAAUAUUAUGAUGACGAUGGGCUCUGAUUUUCAGUACCGGAAUGCGUUUAUGUGGUAUAAAAACUUGGACAAAUUGAUUAAAUACGUAAAUGCCGCCGAUGUCGGCUUAAAUUUGAUUUACUCAACUCCAAGCUGCUACAUGAAAGCGAAAAACGAGGAGCUAAACGAUCUCGAAGAAGUCGUUGAUGAUUUCUUCCCGUAUGCAGAUGGACCGCACAUGUUUUGGACUGGUUAUUUUACCUCUCGAGCAGCGCUGAAGCGUUACGUGCGAGAGACUAAUGUUUUCUUGGCUACUUGCAAACUGGCUGACAUUCAUCUCCAGGGAAAGAUGAAGGAUAAAGUUGAAAUACUAGAACGUGCAUUUGCUGUGGCCCAGCAUCACGACGCCUGUAACCCGAGCAAAGCGUGCACUGAGGUCAUUCAAUCUGCUCUUGGAGAUGAGUUCACACGUUGCGACUUCCUGAAUAUUUCUGUUUGUGAUGUAUCGUCACAAAAUGACGACUUUGAAUUUGUUGUCAUCAAUCCUGGAAGCUUUCCGACAGCUAAACUUCUUCCCAUCCCGAUAAACUACGACAGUGGCAGAGAAUACAUUAUAACUUCUAAUGGGGCGAAUCAACCUUUCCAGAUUUCGUCAAAUAUGGAGAACUUCGUCAAGGUUCAAACUGGGCAUUCUGGUGCGACUGGUUUUCAACUUAACGUUUUUACCGGGCAACUUGACCCUUUCAGUAUAAACACUUUUAAAGUAUCAUCUAAAAAACAAGAGAGCCGUCCAGAAAUGAGAAGAAGGCGUAGCAUCGUUCCAGCAGCCCAGAUGUCUCCAGUAGAACUGAGGUCACGGGGACGAGUCCGCCUUACAGUGGGCUCGAACAAGCUUGAAAUUGAUCGUGCUGGAAUUCGUUCAAUAAAUGGCAUUAUUAUGCGUUCUCAGUGCCAUCUCUGGAGUUAUGCAUCUUCUACUGCUUCUGAUCAAGCUUCUGGAGCGUACAUUUUUCGUCCCACCUCAAACAAAGCAGCUUGCGUUGGCAAACCGCGAGUUGCAGUAACUAAGGGCCGACUUUUUACAGACGUCCGGCUAAAGUAUAAUUCUUGGGCUGAGCAGCGAUUCCGAUUCUUUGAACAUCAUCCAAUCAUAGAGCAUGAAUUCAUCAUCGGCGAACUACCUCAUCCAGGCAUGGAAUUGAUCUUCCGACUUGACACAAAGCUGAACACUGGAAAAUCCUUCGUAACAGAUACGAAUGGACGAGGAGAACUGGUCAGAACGCGAGAUGCCCGGAAAACAUGGAAACUAAAUCAGACGGAGAAAAUAGCCGGAAACUACUAUCCUGUAACAAGCAAGAUUCGUAUAAAUGAAGAGUCGACUAGAAGAAGUGUCAGUAUUUUUCCAGAUCGAGCUCAAGGAGGAUCCUCAGUUAAAUCUGGAUCAGUUGAAUUGAUGCUCCUCAGAGAGACGACGAAAGACGACGGUCGAGGAGUUGACGAACCUCUGAAUGAUCCAGGACAGUUUGGAAAGGGGCUGAUAGUUCAAGGAAAGCACCUCAUCCUCUUUACUGGGAAAAAUCAAAAACGAUCGUCUAAUCCUCUAAAAGGAAUAGAAGACCAAAUGAUAGAAAAAUUCGUCUUCAAUGAGCCAUGGGUUGCAUUUAAAAAGUCAAACGAGAAUGAAAUCAAAUUAACAAGAUUUGGCGAUAUUUCAAUGCCGAAAGAAAAUACGUUGGUGGCAGUUUCAAGCCUGGAACUACUCGGAAAUAAUUCUCAUAUGAUUCGAUUAGAGCAUCUGUGUGCCCCUGGACAAAGUUGUGACAAGUUUAACCGAGCUGAGAAUUUCGAUUUUUCUGCUCUCUAUGGAGAAUACAGAAUAAUCAAACGAAUAACCGAAACAAACAUUAUCGGGAACGUUGUCAAAGGAUCACGAAAUCGACUCAUUUGGCCGAAGAACUCUUCCGCAGAAGAGGAUGAUAGCCUUCCUGUAACUGGCAAAACCGUCGUUAUUGCCCCGAUGGAACUGCGGACAUUUAUUAUUGACUUCGAAUAA